UUGGCGGGAACUAUUGACAGCAGAAAAUGAGCUCAUCGGCGAUAGACGCCGACGGCGAUGCACUGGAUCUAGUAUGCCAGCUCGAUAACGUUCAAGGCAUCGUCGAUGCUCUCACAUCCGUCCGAUGGAAACGCCAUCAGGACGCAGUUGUGGAAUUAUCAGAACACGGCAUCGUUUUAAUCGUCGAGGAAUCCACUUGUCUUCAGGCCAAAGUCUAUUUACAAAAAGAGCUUUUUGUGAAGUACGAAUAUAGUGCAGAAGGGAGACCGCGAUUCGGGGUGAGUUUAGGGCUUUUUGUGGAUUGUCUGAAUACAUUUUCAGUUCCAGGAAAUUCAAAUAGUAUUGAAAUUCGGUAUCCGGGGCCUGAUAUGCAACUUCUUCUCAAGUCAGUUGAUUCAUUGGAUGCUUGCAUUUAUGCGGAGGUCAGAACAAGGAUCCCUGACACGAUCUCUUGGGACUACAACUUUGAACCUGCUGGAAGCACUCCUCUCCAUUUCACUGUUAAGUCUGCAGCUUUAAAGGAAGCUAUUGAUGAUCUUGAGUGGCCAGGAUCAAGCAUUCAGAUAACUCUUCAGCCAAAUCCUCCAUGUGUCACCUUUAGAGGUGAAGGCCAUGGCGAUUUACAGAUAGACUUCAUGUACUAUGCCAACACUGAUCUCUUGAUUGCUUUCAGCUGUGAUCGUCAAAUCUCUUACAGGUAUAAAUACAAAUUUCUUCGUGCGACAACUGCAAACAUUCCUGGCAGUGUAAUAAGAGAUAAUCGAGGAAGCAAGUUGACCAUAGGGAGAGGUGGAAUGCUAAAAGUUCAGCACUUAGUUUCGGUUGCAAAACCCCCUGUCUCACAUUCCCAUGUUGAUUAUGCUGGCUAUCAGCAACCGAGUCGCAUUGCUUAUAUCGAGUUCUUUGUCAAGCCAGAGGUGGAUGACAACACUGUCAAUGAUUGACAGCAUAACCUACAAAUGACAAGCACUUGCUGUGGUAUUGAGGUGGUAGAAAGUGCAAAAAGGAGGAUCCAAUUGCUUGUGUACCAUGUUUUUGUUCUGAGUGUAGGCUGAAACUGACAUUACUCACAAUGCAACUUAUGUCUCCCCACCCAAAUUCAGUCCGAAUAUCACAUUCAAAAUAGAAAUGCUUGGCUCAUUUAUUCUUUUGCCUUUUGGCUUUUCGAACUUGAAUGGAAUGAGUAUUCGUUCUUGUUUGCUGG